AUGUACUUCUUCCUCCUCAACCUCGCCCUCCUCGACCUGGGCUCCAUUUCCAACACUCUCCCCAAAGCCAUGGCCAAUUCCCUCUGGAACACCAGGGCCAUUUCCUAUGCAGGAUGUGCUGCACAGCUCUUUAUUUUUCUCUUCCUGAUGUCAGCAGAGUAUUUUCUUCUCACUGUCAUGUCCUACGACCGCUACAUUGCCAUCUGCAAGCCCCUGCACUAUGCGACCCUCCUGGGCAGCAGAGCUUGUGCCCAGAUGGCAGCAGCUGCCUGGGGCAGUGGGGUUCUCUAUGCUCUGCUGCACACUGCCACUACAUUUUCCCUGCCCCUCUGCCAAGGCAAUGCUGUGGACCAGUUCUUCUGUGAAAUCCCCCAGAUCCUGAAGAUAUCCUGCACAGACUCCUACCUGAAGAGUUUUUGGGUAGUUGUGAUUGGUGUCUGUUUAGCAUCUGGCUGUUUUGUUUUCAUUUUUUUCUCCUACGUGCAGAUCUUCAGGGCUGUGCUGAGGAUGCCCUCUGAGCAGGGCCGGCACAAAGCCUUCUCCACCUGCCUCCCUCACCUGUUUGUGCUCUCCCUGUUUAUCAACACCUGCUUUUUUGCUUACCUGAAGCCCCCCUCCAUCUCCUCCCCAUCCCUGAACCUGGUGAUGGCAGUUCUGUACUCGGUGAUACCUCCAACAUUGAACCCCCUCAUCUAUAGCAUGAGGAACCAGGAGCUCAAGUGGGCUAUUAGGAAAGUGAUUUCAUGGCUGUUUCUGAAUAGUGACAAACUUCCCCUCUUUUUCCAGAAAUGA